AUGAGCGGCGCAGACCUAAAAGCAACUCUCAAACAGGGCGGACGAAUCUUCGGCACGAUGAUCAGCGUGAACCGCAACCCCCGCUGGAUACCCAUAAUGGACGGCGUGGGUCUGGAUUACGUCAUCAUCGACACGGAACAUAACCCUCGCAGCCGUGGUGAGCUGGGCGAUUACCUGGCGAUGUUUGUUACCACCAGCGUGGUGCCCAUUGUCAGGAUACCCAUACCAGAUUCUCACUACGUAACGAUGGCCAUUGACGCCGGCGCACAGGGAAUCCUCGCCCCGUACUGCGAGACGGUGGACCAGGUGCGCGAGGUGGUUAAAGCCUCCAAGUACCGCCCACUCAAGGGCGCGGCCGCUGAGCAAGCGUUGGCCACCGGCGAGUUUCCCAGCUCCGCCAGCCGCGAGUACCUCGAAGCCCGCAACCGGGACAACAUCUGCAUUAUCGGCAUCGAAAGCCAGGCCGCCGUCGACAACCUGGACGCCAUUUUGGGUGUACCCGGCAUCGACGCAAUCUUUGUAGGCCCCAACGACAUGAGCAUCUCCCUGGGCGUUCCUGACGACUACGCUCAGGAGGUGUACAAAACCACCGUCAAGGGCAUCAUUGACAAAUGUGAGGCCAGUGGCUUGCCGACGUUGGUGCACCACCAGACGCCGGAACUGUCCGAAUACUGGAUUCAGCAGGGCGCGCGCUUCGUUCUGCACGGAACCGACCGGCGCGCCAUGUCGGAGGGAUUCCGCACCGAGUUCAGCCGCCUUCGCGACAAGGCUUCCAGUCUUUAG